AUGCGCUUCCUGGGGCUUGAGGUGGAGAGCGAUGUGCUGGCCAGCAGGCCCGGCGCCAACGUCACCCUGACCUGCCCCGGCGGGAAACCGGGAGGCAAUGCCACGGUUCACUGGGUGCUCGGGAACCCGGUGACAGACUCGAGCCACGACAGCUGGGCUGGUUGGGGGAGGAGGCUGCUCCUGAGGUCCGUGCAGCUCAACGACUCCGGGAACUAUUCGUGCUACCGGGAUGGCCUCCCGGCUGGAAGCGUGCGCCUGCUGGUGGAGGGUCCCCCGGAGGAGCCCCAGCUCUCCUGCUUCCGGAAGAGCCCCAUCAGCAACGUCAUCUGUGAGUGGAGCCCUCAGAGCCCGCCCUCCAGGAGCACCAGGGCCAUGUUGUUGGUGAGGAAGUUCCAGCAUGGUCCGCCGGAAGACUCCCAGGAGCCGUGCCAGUAUUCCCCGGAGUCCCAGAAGUUCUCCUGCCAGCUGGCCGUCCCUGAGGGAGACAACUCUUUCUACGUUGUGUCCCUGUGCGUUGCCAACAGUGCUGGCGGCAAGUCCAGCAGACCCUACACAUUUGAGGGUUACGGAAUCUUGCGACCUGACCCACCUGUCAACAUCACGGUCACCGCCGUGGACCGAAACCCCCGCUGGCUCACUGUCACCUGGCGAGACCCGCCCUCCUGGAACUCAUAUUUCUACAGGCUGCAGUUCGAGCUGCGAUACCGGGCGGAACGGUCUAAGACAUUCACCACACUGAUGGUCAAGCAGCUCCAGUAUCGCUGCACCAUCCGUGAUGCCUGGAGUGGCAUGAGGCACGUGGUGCAGCUGCGCGCCCGGGAGGAAUUUGGGCACGGCCUGUGGAGCGAGUGGAGCCAGGAGGUCCUGGGCACCCCCUGGACAGAACCCACGAGUUUUUCAACUGCGACCACGGUGGAGGUGUCUUCCAUGAAGGCACCUACUACCAACGGAGACGAUGACAACACCUCCUCGAACUAUCCUGCCAAUACGACAAGCUUCCCAGUGCAAGAGCCCCCAGUCCCCCUGUACACAUUCCUGGUGGCUGGAGGGAGCCUGGCCUUCGGAACGCUCCUCUGCGUUGGCAUUGUCCUGAGGUUCAGGAAGACGUGGAAGCUGCAGGCCCUGAAAGAAGGCAAGACAAGCAUGCACCCGCCGUAUUCUUUGGGACAGCUGGUCCCCGAGAGGCCGAAGCCCACCCCGGUGCUGGUCCCCCUCAUCUCCCCGCCGGUGUCCCCCAGCAGCCUGGGGUCGGAUAACACCUCGAGGCACAGCCAACCCCAUGCCAGCGGCCCACAGAGCCCGUAUGACAUCAGCAACAGAGACUACUUCUUCCCCCAGUAGCUGGCUGGCUGCCUGGCGCCUGGCGGGCUGGGGUGUCAGACCUGCUGGAAGGUGUGGAUGACAAAGCACAAGCUGCUUCUCACGGUUGUUCAGCUCAUCUCAGGUGUGUGGGCCUCUGGCUGCGCGGUCACCGAGGGGCCUCACAGCAGGUUCUACGCUGGUGAGCACAGGUGUGCCGCCCUGUUCCGAAGGAAGAGGUGGUUGAGUUUUUGAACCCCUCUUCCCCACCGCCCUGCCUGCAGGGGUUCCAAUGAACGCGGGCCCCGUGCAGGGAGCGCUGUCGAGUCCACUGGACACUCGGGUGGGCAGAGCCGGGCGUCCGCAGAGGCCUCGGACCCGGGGCUUCGUGAGGACAAGCUGCCGGCCCCCGGCUCACCUGACCUGGCUCCACACGCCGCACCCUCAGGAGGUGGGCUGGAUUCCAGCCAAAGACACCCCCCCCUGGAGUCGCCUAUCUCCUGGCCCCACGGCACAGUUUCACCUUCUAGCUCAAACUCUUGCAGCCCAAGUGCCUUUGCAAUUCAGUUUCUUCGGUCGCCCAGGCUGGGGGUGCUCCCGACUGCCUUUCCUCUCCUCCCCGCGCUGGAUCCAGCUGAGGGGGCGAGAAGAGCAUCUCAGGACCAGGUGGUGUGAAGUGGAGUUGCAGCGAGCUCCUCGUUAGCAUUCUGCUCAGUGUGAAUGUUAACCCUCC